AUGGGUGGCGUCAAGAAUACCGAUUCGUGCGGCUUAACAUAUAAUGGAAAAAAAAGUAAAAACUAUCCAAUAAAAGUGCCAGAAAAUGUUGCUAAACGCAUGAUAGUUAUCGAUGCUCAGAAUCUCAUGCAUUUGGAUUUAGGGCGUGAAAGAAAAAUAGAUUGCUGUACUGUAUUGCCGGUCGUACGAUAUUUUAUUAUAAGAGGACAUAGAGUUAAAAUUGUUUUACCGGAGUUCGUGACUACGAAAAAAAAGCAACUUAGUCGUCAAGUUUGGAAGGAUCUUCGUGCUUUGAAAUUGUUAGUAACUGUACCAUAUUCAAAACAUGAUGAUUUGGUUGCUUUAUCAAUUGCAAAGGAUUCGUGUGGCUCAAUCAUUACAAAGGAUAAAUUUCGCGACCAUAAAGCAUCUUUUCCUCACUUUCGUGACGUACUCUUACGUAAUAUUGAAUUGCGAUAUUCGAAAAAGACUGCAAAUUCCAAGUUUUUUGUAGAUGAGGAAGGCGACAAAUAUUACAUGCACAAGUUUGUGUGCGACAAUUACGCUAAAGAACAGUUCUUCAGUUUCCCGGAUGAUGAAGAUUAUUUAACUGUUAAGAGCAAAAUGUGGCCUGCAAAUCAAAAACAAAAAGUGAUUGAGCGAAUUGAUCAAAUUUUCGAGUCAGUUCAGAGAAGAAUCGCUGCAGAAAACCAAGAAGUUUUACGACGCUGGCGACAUGUUGCUACAAAAGAAGAGCUAAAGAUCGUAGCAGAUGCAAAUCUCAGUGCUCUAGAAGUUCUUCCGCUUGUAAGUAAUUCCCAGUCAUUCAGUACAUGGUUCGGUCAAGUAGCAGAAAACGAGCUUUUUAAAGACGACCUUCGUGCUGAAUCGAAAAUACGAAUAUGGAGAACAUUGACUGGUGAUAUGGAAGUUGAUAAGGAAAGCCUGUAUAAUUUUUUGCUGUCAUUCCAAGGGAUCCUUAAGGAAGAAUUUGUUUUAAAUGAAUAUUAUGAUCACAUCGAUAGUCACGCUUAG